CUGAAAAUGUAGAUACGCGGGCUCACCUACGUAGGUCCACCUAUUUCGCGGGUACCGAAGCGACCAUCCAUGUUGCUUCCGUUCCCGCUCAAAAGGGUAAAAAACACAAACCCUGAUUUUGGGAACGCACAAUCACUAUUCCGGCGACAGGGAGCUGCAAUCUAGGGUUUGCAAGUUACAAGUUUGGCGUUUUUAAUGGGUUUUCUUCACCUUUUUUUCUUCUAUUAUCCUUUACAGUUAAUAUUGUUCUGUAUGCUAUUCAUUUCCCGCGCGCUAUACUUCUUGUUCUUCCCACAAUUUUAAUCGAUUAUUCCUGUAGUUACUUGGAGCUUGCAUGUAAUCAGCAUUUAGCAGUGUUUUAAUUGGGGAAUUAAGUUAUUUAAGUUAGUAUUUGUCAAAAAUAUGUUACCUAUAUAAAUUAGUAAUCGUAGCUGUUAGUGCUUCUGCGAAGAGGGGAAAUAUGAAUUGAACCCAAAAUCAAUUUCAUAGAAACUAUAAUCUAGUCCAGACAUUAUCAAACUAAAAUUCUUAUGUGUUUAUUUCAACAUUUGUUGUUUACAAGUUUAAGCAAAAUUAAAGGAAAAUGCAUCAGCCAAUGCAGCGUUGACCUUUCAAUAGGAAUAGCUUGUGUAAGAUCAGAUGAUGAGAAAAUGUAAUGGUUUAUAAUAAGUGAGACCUUCAUUGUCAAUUUUAUCUUAAGUUGGUUUGCUUAUUCCAUGUUUUUCUUUAAGGGCCUUCGAUAUGCGAUUUUGUGAUUAGUGGAAUUUUAGAAUAAUGGAAGUAAAUUCUUCAGUACAUAGCACCAAAUUGCGGAAGGUGAAUGAGGAAGGAAACAUCUAUAGUAAUGGAAUAGAUGAUUUGCCAGAACCGAUUCUUGUGCACAUCCUUUCCUUUCUUCCAGCAAAAGAUGCUGUCAAGACAAGCAUAUUAUCAAAAAAAUGGGAAUACCUAUGGAGGUCUGUCACCAAUCUUCGUUUUCAUGACAUUUUCGAUUUUUUUUAUCCUAUAUCAUAUGUUUUACCUUCCUCCUUAUUUAUGAGUGAUUCAUUAACUGAGCUCAAAGUUGGCAUGUUUGAGGAUCUCAAGCUUCCUUCUUAUAUAUGUUUUUCAAGCCUGAAGAUCUUGACUCUUAAAUAUGUCACAUUUUUGGAUGCACAGUCAAUGCAUCAACUUUUUUCUGGUUGCCUUGUUCUAGAGAAGUUGACUUUGGAUGAAUGUGCAUGGAUAAUCUUAUGGCUGCUCGUGUUGAAAUUCCCACGCUUAAAACCUUGUUGAUAUUUGAGGGUAGAGAUGAUAAGAACAAUUGUCAAGUUGUGAUUACUGGAGCAAAUCUCAGAACCUUUGACUAUGGAGGUGAUCUGAAAAAUGAGUAUCAUUUAUAUGACCUAUCAUCAUUAGUUGAUUCAUCUAUUGUUGUGGGCAAGAUUAGUGAUAUUGUAGAAGAUGAUCGUCUGAGAGAAGUUGCUGAUCACACAAAUAAGCUUCUUGGAGGACUCUCUAAUGUUAGAGACCUAUAUCUGUCACAUGAGACUGUAAAGGUUCUAAAUUCCACGGCAGAACCUUUCACCCAUUCUAAUUUGACUUAUCUUAGAGUGAAUUUGGGUUCAGUGAAUUUCAAUUGUGGAGCACUACAGAGCAUCCUGCAAAAAACCCCUUUUCUCAGUAAUCUUGAAUUUAUGCGGGGGAUCUCCUUGGACACUCCUGAUGAUGAAGAUGAAUGGAAAUUAGAUCCGGUGCUUCUGUGUUUCUCAAAGCAACUGAAGACUAUAUAUAUUGGGGACUUCUGUGGAACUGAACAAGAGUUCCAUGUAGCAAAAAAUUUACUUCAAAAUGCAAGCGUUCUGGAGAGACUAUGUAUUCAAUUAGCAUCGUGCAAGGAUGUGUUUGACUCAUCAGAGUCCAUUGCUAUAGGGUCUAGAUGUGAAAUCUGUUUUCAUGCUUGAUCUUAAUCAAUCUCAGCAUUUCAUCGAGCAUGUAAAGGACAUAGAGCGGUUAUUUUAAGGUUUCCCCUAUUGCUUUACCUCCUAAAUGCAAAUUGACUUUUUAAUUGGUAAAA